CCCAAUCGUCUUCCGCCUAAACCCAACAGCUGUAUUAACUUUCUUUUUCAACGAGAAACACCUAAACCCUAACCAAUAACUGAAACUCUGAAAGGCUCAAACAGAGAGGAGUUCCCAGAAUAAAAAACCGCGAUCGAGAAUAAGAAGCAGAAAUGGGGAAGCUUCCGCCUUCAAUGAGGUCAUCAGUUAAUUACGGUCUUAACAAUCUGAUGAGAACUGCACCAUCUUCCCCCAAGCCACAAGUAAUCCAGCAAAUCCCCAAGAAAAAGGCCCAAGUAAGUCCUCAACCUCAGCCUGAGGCCCCUCUCAUCACCUUCACUUCCCCUAGUCUUUCCCAAGCCAAAACCCUCUUCAGCUCUCUCAUUUCCAAUCCCAAGAAGAGCACCCCUUCUCACCCCAAAGUAUUCAACUCAAUCCUUCAAUCAUUUUCUUCGAUCUCAACUCUCCAAGAUGCAAUCUUUUUCAUGAACCACAUGGUGAAGACCCACCCGCCCUUUUCUCCGGACAGGUCUACCUUCCAUAUUCUUCUAAUACAGGCUUGUAAAUCAUUGGACGAAUCUUUAUCCCCAGUGCACCAGAUACUCAAUUUGAUGAACACCAAUGGGUUUCCUCCUGAUAUGGUCUCCAUGGAUAUUGCUGCAAGGACCCUUUGCAUCUCUGGUCAUGAAGAGCAUGCCAUUGAACUAGUGAAGGAUUUUUGUAGUAAGAAUGUACUUCCUGAUUCCCAUACUUACAAUUUUCUCGUGAGGCAUUUGUGUAAGAAUAGGUCAGUUAGCACCAUGAAUGGUUUUGUCCAAGAUAUGAAGGAAAAUUUCAGAAUAAAGCCCGAUCUAGUCACUUACACUAUAAUGAUAGAUAAUGUUUGUAAUAACAAGAAUAUCCGGGAGGCAACCCGGCUUUUGGGUGUUUUAAGUGAGGAAGGGUAUAAACCAGAUUGUUAUGUUUAUAACACAAUUAUGAAGGGUUAUUGCAUGUUAAGCUCUGGGGGUGAAGUGUUGGGUGUGUAUAAGAAGAUGUUGGAAGAAGGUGUGAAACCUGACCUUGUGACCUAUAAUACAUUGAUAUAUGGGCUCUCUAAGUCGGGCCGGGUCCAACAGGCCAAGAAAUUUUUGGGUGUAAUGGUUGGAAAUGGUCAUUUUCCAGAUGCUGUCACAUAUACUUCCUUGAUGAAUGGGAUGUGUAGGGAGGGGGAUGCCAAGGGAGCAUUGUCAUUGCUGGAGGAGAUGGAAGCAAAGGGAUGUGAACCUAACUCUUGUACGUACAAUACAUUGCUUCAUGGGCUAUGUAAGGCUAGGUUGUUGGAAGAGGCUGUUGAAUUGUAUGGCAUUAUAAAACAGAAUGGCAUCAUGCUCGAGUCAGGUGCGUAUGGGACAUUUGUUAGAUCUCUUUGCCGGAAUGGAAGGGUUGCAGAGGCUUAUGAAGUGUUUGACUAUGCAGUGGAUAGUAAGAGUUUGAAUGACGUGACGGCAUACACCACACUGGAGAGUACUUUGAAAUGGCUGAAAAAAGCCAGAGAACAAGGACUUGCUAUCUAGCUUAUGCAUCUGGUAUUUGUUUUCCCUCCUAUGGCUGUGUUUGGAUCACGCAAAAUAUUAGGGAAGGACAAGGAAGUCCAUGGAGCUUCCCCAUGGUAUCUGGAAACUUUGAGGGCUACAAAAUGAGUAGGUAAAGCUGUGAAGUGUGCAUACUUGGAGAGUCGGUGUACCACAACAAAUAUAGCAGUGAAGCCACAAGAUAGGGUAACAUGACAACAAAAUUCGUUGUAAUGUCAUCCCAUUCUCGUGCUGGAAUGGAUCAAGGGUUGAAGAGAUCCAGUUGGAGCUUGAUAGAAACAUUGAUAGGUCGACUGAUACACACUCUUGAGCAUGCAUCUUUAUAUCUUUCCGCAUAAGGUGCCCAAAGAAAUUAGAGGAUAAACGAGCCCUUGUGCGGGUGACUCCCGCAAUGCCCACCUUGAGUGUUCUGUGGAAUUGAUGCGUGAUAGUUAGAGUUCGAUUGGGUUUGGAAUGAGAGAUGUGAUACGUCCUCUGUAAUACAAUUACGCCUUCCCGAGUAAAAAUAUCACAAGAUAAUUUUCCAUGGUGGCAUGUUGUGUAAAUUCACAAGGUUUGGCAAUAUCAUAUUUUCUAUACGCAACUAAGCCAAAGAAUUUGGGACUGUCAAUCUUCAUGCUCCGGCAGUUGAACAGAGAAGGCUGAGAAGCCAACAAUGACGUGUUUGUAUCCUUUUCAUGAACUCUUGAUAGGUCGUCGACAAUGACAUUAUCUUUUCUAGACAUAUACUGGUACUUUUGAUAUCGGUGCUCAUUUCAUUUUCAUUUUCAUUUACCCCAGUGCCGCAAAGGCUCCCACCUACGGUGGGGUAAGGGGGGGUCGGAUGUACGCAGCCUUACCCCUGUACUAAAGCACAGAGAGACUGUUUCUGGAUGACCCAUAGUGAAAAUCCCGUCCAAAAUUGCAUGGACUGACUGCUGCUUCAUAACAAAGAAGCGCAGACAGUUUAGUGAGCCAUUUUGCUUGAUUCCAUCAUAAUCUCAAGCCAAAAAAUAAUGAAUCUUUGGCUCCAUUGCAAUAUCGGUGCUACAAUUAAUUAUUUUUUGUUGAUUUUGAAUUGGUUGAAAUCUUAGAUUGUAUGAUAAUGUAUUGUCGUGUUUUACAGAUUUUCUAAUGCAAGAGUGAUUUUUUUCGAAUUCAAGAUUUCGAUUGUUAAAUACUCGGUGAGAGCAUCUCUAAUGGUUAGCAUCUAAUGCUUAUCAUAAGUGCAUCCACAAUAGACUCCUUUCUAGUCUAAAUAAAUUAUGCAAAUGUCAAAUUAUUGAAAGACUUUCUA